UUUUGGAUUGAACGCUCCUGCAAUGGUUGGUAAAGACUUUAUUAAAUAUGAGUCGGAUCAAUCCCUUCUUUUGUCUUCGAAGUGACAAGAAGUUGCAUUUUUAUCCCCUUCUGUCUAUCCAGCUUUUACAUGCUAUUUUGCGUGCUGAGCUUAUAAAAAUCGAUAUCUAGAGUAUGAUAACUUAAUCAAAAUAUAUUAGUGUUAAACCUAAUUAUUUUUCCUGCUGAACUUCUAAAAUAUAAGCUAUUUCUAGCUCACAAAUCAAGUCACUCAUAUUUAGUUGGCACAAGUAGGGAGCUUCAACUUUUCUGAUUCGUAUGAUAUUUCGUGAUUUGUCUCCACUAUAUAAUUCCAAAGCUGCAUCUGAAAUAAUUAUCCUGAAAAUUAUAGUCGGUAUGUCACUUAAACAGGGUUUUGUUCAAAUCUCAUGGAAAGAACUUUAGAAUGAGCUCUUAUCUUUGGCCAUAUUUAGUUCAGCCUAAAGAAUCAAAAUCAUGAAGGUAACAGCCAAAAUUUGCUCAUCAAUAACGAGGUAGCAAUUACCAGUUAAGUCAGAGUUCUUCUAACUGACUGGAGAAUGACAGCAAUAUAGUUUGGAAUCUGACAUUUUGAUGGGUAGUGAAUGUUUGCCAUUGCAAAUAUUUGAUAUCAUAACUAUACCUCUCAAAAUUACAGGCUCUAAAUCAACUCGCAAAUUUCCAGUAAAAAUUGGAAUGAAUUUCUGUUUAAUCUGCCAACUCGUUCUCUAUCACUUCAGGCUUCUGGAAGUCAGGAAACUAGCUAAGAGGGAGGUCUAAGUCACCUUAAGGAGCUUUGUCCUCGCCAUUGAGACGACUCCUGCAUGUAUCGCAGAGUCUUCUAAAAGUGACUCUUAAGAAUCUUUGCCUUGCGUGAGUCACGUUUGUACUUCUUAAAAGUGUUCAUAAAAAUCUUUUUAUGAUUUGAUAGACACCUUUCUUUGAUUCAAUAGAAAGGAUCAGAAAUUAUGGCUGAGCUUCACUGUGGGGCUUGAAAAACCUCUUCCUGAGAAGAUAUAUAAAUACUCUUAAGUUUCCCGUGUUGAGAAUUUAUGUUAAAAGAAUCCUUCAUCGAGUAAUUUUAGCAGAUUGAGAAAAUGCAGCGAGGAUUAGAUUUUGCUUCCUAUUUCUUACCAAGACAUAUCUAUCUUAGCGUUUAAAAUCUCCUUAAAUGUUAGACUCCAAUCAGAAGUCUAACAUAUAGACUUCACUAAGUUAUGAAGGAAGUUUGGAAAUCAUCUUGUUCAUUUCAAAUAAAGUUCCCGGAUUUACGAAAAUUGAGAAUUUUUAGUAUCCCAAUAGUUUUAUGACAUUUCAGGCUUGGGAGCGACUUCCCAUGUUGCUGACCUUAAAUAUAGAAAUAAAUAUCAAUGGAGCAAAAGUUUUAUCAAAUAAUUAGAUUCCUCCUCGCUCGUCAUAAAAGUCAUCAGAACUUACUAGCAAGUAUUUUGAUGUUAAUGGGUACAUCACUAAAAAUGUUCCACUGAUUUCAUACUGUGGUAAUUAUUUCAGAAAAUAAUGUUUGCUUCCCAGAUUCCAGAUGAUUUCUGAACUAAACCUAAGAGAAAUAGGCCGUAUUAAUGUGGGUAUAACUA